AUGGCGCCUUCGUCCCUCCCCAUCUCCCACCCACUCAUCCUCGAGCUCACCUCCCUCCGCAGUCAGCUAUCGCAAUAUCAACACUCAUCCCACGCCUCCGGUAUCCAGCUCCAGGGAUCACGCCUGGAACUCUCCCUUGUCAAGGACCAGAAUGCUUCUCUCGCCUCCACCUUUGCGGCACUCCAAGCGGAGCUGGAAGUCCUCCGCGCGCACCCCGAGCCUCCGCUUCUCAAGCCAGACUCUACCGCUUUGUCAGAGCUGACUCUGGCGCAUCGCCGACUAUCAGCCAAACUCGACAUCACGGAGGAAAGCUUAGCUGGUUGCAAGCUGGAGCUGGCGGCUGCUAGACAGGAGAUUGGACGGCUAGGCAAGGAGCGAGAGAGGGAUCGCGCCCAGAUCAACGAGUGUAGACGGUCAGAGGAGGAGCGGGAAGAGGAGCUGGUGUGGGAACGGGGGGAACGGAAAAAGGCCGAGCAGCAGAAACAGCUAUGCGAUCUCGCCUUGAAGGAAUACUCUACCCUGGUCCACUCUCUAGACCCGUCGGCGGUCCCUCCAUCCGCUCCCGCCACCACUAAAACCGUCCUAUCCUCCCCCAAACUUUCCGACGCACAAACCCUAUCUUCCCCCACCGACCCAAUCUCAAAUCCCACUGAGGCCAUCUCAAACCUCCUCCAAGGCCAGCAAGGCGUCCAUCAACUCGUCGAUGACUUUGUCUCCCACAUGACGGCCAAAGAAAAGGAGAUCACUCGCCUGGCAGCCAGAGUGGACGAGCUCGAGCUCUCCCUGUCGAGCGUGACAAAACAGCUCGAGGAGGAGACGGCGCUUCGUGUAGAAUGCGUAGAAGAGAAGGAGAGGGUGGUGCGGAACGACCAAUCUGCUUCCAAGGUGGUCGAGCGGUACAUGACGUUCACGCAAAAGACGCACGCGACCAUUCAUAUGCACCUCGACAAUCUACGGGCGAGAUCGACGGCGACGCAGGCGUCAUUGCGGAAAGAAAACACAGAGUACCAGGCGAGGCUCGCGCUGGAGACGGAGAGGGGGACGAGGCUCAGGGGAGCGGUGGAGGAGAUGGCUGAAGGGCUAUCACGAGAGACGGCCGGACGUAGGAGAGAGGUUGCACUACGGCUGAAGAUGAUCGCCGCGGAAGAGAAGCGAGAGCGCAAGGUGGAGAUAUGGCUGGAUCGGGUGAGAAGAGCCAGGGAAGGAGCGGAAGGCGCAGUACUGGAGCCAGACGCGCUCGAGGGGCUGGUGGAUGAGGGAGUCGAGGCGGUGGCGGAGGACCGGAUGGACGUCGGACGGGAAAAGCGGCAAGCCUGGCGAGGCCUGCUCGGUCGGAAACGGGCGGCGAGCUAUGUCGCGGUCGACCAGGAAAGCUCGGUUGCUAGGGUGUUGCUGGCGGAAGAGCUCGUCAAUACGCUCGUGCAAGAUCUGCAGGUGGAAACGGAGAGGCGGAUUGAGCUUGAAAAGCAGCGGAUGCUUCUGCUGGCCAAGGAGGCGGCAGGCGGAGAGGUGGUCAAGGAGGACGGAGAUGAUCUACUGGUGUUUGAUGCGGACAAGGAGGAAACGGAGGAGGAUCACGCAGCCCCACCCGCCACCGCGCCACUUCCUUCGCCAGAUCCCACACCCCAAAUCGACGGUCUCAAACGUCUCUUCCAGCCUAUGCGAGAUCGCUACAUUCCCCUACAAUCGUCGCUGCACUCCCUGGGACAUUCCCUCACAACCAUACGCCAAUCCCUUCCUCAGCCUUCUGUACCCGUCUCACCCAUUUUGCCUCCCCCACGGUCGUCGCGCAAGCCCUUCUCCACCCUCAACCUCCGCCGACCUACCCCACUCGCCGAUCCUGUCCUCGUGACUAUCCUCGAUAGCCUGCACGAGGUUCUGGAGGACGCCCGCGUCGACGUCGAGAUCGCCCUCGCGGAUGAGGAGCGCGUGUACCGCGGCUUCGAGGCGCUGCUGAACGUCGGACAAGGCGGUAUGGCACAUGCUGGCGAGGUGAUUGCCGAUGCGGAGGAGUAUGUCUCGGACCGCUCCGCGGCGGGGCCGUUCGACAAGCUCCAAGCGAGGGUGGCGGAUAUUGAGGCGGACCUGUCCACGCUCAAGGAGCGGAUCAUGGAGUAUCAGGGAGCUGGCGCACCAGACGACGAGCCCAAUCAGGAGACUGAGAAGGGGCGGAGCAAAUUCUUGGCCAAGUCGGUCUGGUCUGACGUACCCCUCAAAACGGUCUCGUCGGUCCGUAUCCGCUCAGCCUCUCCCCUCAACUCGCCAAAGCUCGACUCGCCGUCCUCUUCACCUCGGCCCAAUCCCAUCGCCGUGAUGGGGAGUAUGGGGCGGUCAUUCUCAAGUAGCAUCGUCGGGGCGCCACGAAAGGUCAGCGGGUUUGCUGGUGGAUUAUACAGGCCCAGGAAGAAGGAGGGGGAGGUGGCGUCGGAGAGGGAGGGGCUGGUCAGGAACGCGGAGGAUGAUGUGGAGUGA